AAUGACAAAUUCAAACAAGAACCCCAGAACAAAAACAAUGGCUAAAGAUAUAUUAUAAGAUACAAAAUAUUCGCAUAAUUGCAUUGAGUUCAUCGCCGAUUUUUUGUAUAAUUGGGGGGUCAAUUAAACUACAUUUUGCAGGAUUGGGUUCUGAGUUCUUCUCCAUCCACUUCUGCAAAAAUUCAGGUCAUCGUUUAGUUUAUGGCUCCCUCUUUCUUCCUCUCUCAUCUGCAAAAAUUCAGCUUCUCAGUUUUGGGUUCUUUCCAACUUCUCUUCUUGGGCUUCUCUCUCUCUGGUUCAGUUUCAUAGUUUUGGACUUUUGGGUUCUUUCUGCCUUCUCUUCAGCAAUUCAGCAUAUUCAGCUUUCAUGGCUAAUUCAACUUCUGAAAAAGCCGAAUCAGACCUAUGGGAGCUCUUAAUGGACCAGGAAACAGAAAAGAUAAAGGUGAAAAAAAAUCCAGAACAUGGAAGAACCACCAUCUGGAAAAAGUUGGAAAUUCAAAACACCGUGAGCCUUCGAACAGUAGUUUCUAUCUGGGUUACUGUACAUCAUCAAAAAAGAAUUCAUGGAAUGAUUGUUGAAGGAUCGAAGUUCUCAGAAUUCGAAGAAAGCAGUGUGGAUAAAUCAUGUUUGAUAUACUGUAGAGUUUCAAACCAUGUUAGACCUCUUGAUCUAGAAGAUGUAAUGGAACAUUGGACUGCUCAAGGGUUGUUAGAGAGUGAAACCAAGCCUCCCAUAGAGCAAACUUUCAAAGAAAUCACGAAAUUUAUAUGCACAGACAGUAGAUUGAAGGAAAUUGAAGAGGCCAACAUAGCACAAAGAAAGGUGGUAAAUACGAUCCAUUCAGAGUUAUACGACAUGGCGGCAAUUCCAGAGAGCUUCUUUGAUAGCAGGAGGGAGCUCCAAGUUCUAAGUAUUUGGCAUCCUGGAAUUUCAUCUAUACCACUCUCUCUCUUCAAGCUGAAAGGCCUACGAGUUCUCAGCUUACAUAAAAGUACGGGAAUUUCAGCCCUUCCUCCACUAAUUAAGGAAUUGAAAAACCUCCAAACUCUGGAUCUUUCUUGCACAACCAUCAAAGACCUUCCCAAAGAGAUGGGAGAGCUGAACAGUUUGAAAAUUUUGAUUUUGAGGGACUCAUUAUUGAAACAGAUUCCCAUUGAAAUUUCAAAUCUCUCUCUCUUAUCAGAACUUGACCUGUUUCAAAGCUACAUUAAAUGGAGUAAUCACUCUGAAACCAAUGCUCGACUAGAGGACAUUGCUCGCCUAGAAAGAUUGAGAAGCCUGCAAAUAAUGGUGGAGGAUUUUGAAUGCGUUAGCCAUGAAUUCAUUGAGAAAUUGAAGUGUUUGCAGAGGUUUCACAUUGUAGUCUGUCCAAGUUAUUCUGGCUGGAUAUCUAAGUACCUAAAGGAAUUUUCAGAGAAAAAGUAUGGCAAAUUAAUGGCCUUUCUGUGUUGCGACUGCAAAUCAAUGGAUGGGUUCUCUGUUUUGAAUGAUUUGGAUGGUCUUGUCAUUUCUCGCUGCAACAAUUUAAGCUCAGUUGUCGCAUUUAUAGCAGCACAAAAAACCUUGAAAUUCUUGCGAAUUGAAGAUGGGUCUGGGCUGAAGGAGAUGAUAGGGUCAGGGACUGAGAGAAACCCACUUGAAAGCUUGGAAAAUUUGUGUCUCGUUAGACUCCCAUUGUUAAAGGGAGAACUAGAACUUGGAGAAAGCCUAAAAUUUCUCAGAAUCACCGAAUGCCCAUUGCUUACUGUCCUCCAAAAUUCCCUCUCUAAAAACAAGAGCCUGGAGGAGAUACAUAUUGGAAACACCAAUGGGAUAGAGAUACUGGAGUCCAGUCUGGUGAGGCUAGAGAAGGUGAUAAUCCAUAACAUGCCAUGCUUAAAAAGAAUCGAGACUUUCAGUAACCUGAGAGUAUUCCAGCUAUGGAGAUGCUUUGAAUUGAAGGACUUACUGUCUGGUUUACUUAAAGCAAAAAGGUUGGAGCAGCUUACCAUAUGUGAUCUCAGUGGAAUUGAGAAGUUAAUUGAUAAGGGGGCUAUGAAUGAGUACAUAAUGCACCCUAACAUGGUAUGCUUAGAGCUUUUGAGAUUAUCAGACUUAACUGGUGUAUGGGAGGGGGAACUGGGUGUUGGAGAAUUGGGAAAUUUGAGACAGUUAAGUGUUUCAGACUGUCCAAAAGUGAAUUCACUCCUCAAUGCUGGUUUUGGAAGGCUCAAGGCCCUCGAAGCUAUUCGUAUCACCAGGUGUGAUGGGCUAGAAGCCAUAAUUGGGGAUGAGGUGAGAGAUGCUGAUGCGAUCGCAUUAAAACGCUUGGACCUAACAGAGCUUCCAAAUUUAAGGGCAAUAUUUUCAGCCAAUACAGGCAUGGGAUUCAUCGAAGAUCUUCAGGUCUUGUGUUUGAAACAUUGCUCAAAAUUGAAAGCUAUCCUUCCAUCCGGUUUUCAUGGAUUAUCGAAACUUGAGCAUAUAUAUGCAGGAGAAUGUCAAAGCUUAGUGAAGAUAAUCGAUGGAAAUGUGCCUGCAAAUGCCCUUCCAAGCUUCAGAAAAUUCUUGCUUGAAAAUUUACCAAGCCUGAGGGCUAUUUGGGAGGGAGAACUUGGUGAUGGAGCACUGAGAAACCUAGAGUGUUUACAGGUAAAGAACUGUCCUGAAUUGGAUAACCUUCUUCCUUCUAGUUUGCACAAGCUUGAGAAGCUCGAAGUGAUUCACAUUGACAAUUCUGAUAAAAUGGAGAAUAUAAUGGGGGAGACUACAGUCGGAAGCUUUGCGCUUCCUCAUCUCAGUUACCUUUUUCUCUCAAACAUUGGCAAGAUGAAUACAAUUUGGAGAUGGGGUUUGGGAUUUGAAGCUCUAGGACGCUUGGAACAGAUCACUGUGGGUAAAUGUCCAAAUCUAGAGCUUCUCUGGAAUGGAGAGAUCUCGACUGGAGCUCUGAAAAGCUUCAAGAGCUUAAGGCUAUAUAAAUGUCCAAAGAUAGAGGUACUGCUUCCCUCUAGUUUAGAUAGACUUGAGAGGUUACAGAACAUCUCUGUAGAAGAUUGUGAUAAACUAGAGAAAAUAAUAGAGGGGAGCCAAAUGGAGAAAGUUGGUGCUCUACAAAACAUGAGAUCUAUGGAUCUUAGAAAAUUGCCUAGGCUUAGAGUUUUAUGGGAAGGAGAACUGGGUUUUGGAGCCUUAAGAGAGAUGAAGAGCAUGACAAUAAGAGAAUGCCCAUUGCUAGAUAGCCUUCCUUGUGGUCUGAACGAGUUACCGAAUUUGGAACUUCUCUCCAUCAAAGACUGUGAGAGCAUCGAUAACAUAGUAGGGGAGGUGGGUUAUGAAUCCCCGAAAUUUCCAAACUUGGUGGAUUUGUACUUGCAAGACCUGGCCAAUUUGAAGGUAAUUUGGCAUGGAGAAAUGGGCAUUGGAGAUUUUCAGUGGUUGGAAUGCUUAAUCUUAAGGGGACUCAAUGGACUAAAGCACCUUCCUCCUGGUUUGAACAAGCUCACUAAAUUGAAGCAGCUUUUGGUGUGCAGAUGCGGAGAGUUGCAGAAGUUUAUGGGAGGUGAAUUAGCAGAGGAAAACUCUUUGCCAAAUUUAGAGCAUCUGGACAUUGCUGACCAACCCAACAUGACAACCAUUUGGGAGGACUUAGGGGCAGGAUCUCUGAGAAAAUUGAAACGCUUAGCUAUCCAAAAUUGUCCAAGGUUAGAGGCUCUUCCUCUUGGUCUUAUGAAGCUUGAGAGCUUGGAAAAACUGCUUAUAAAAGAGUGUAACAGUGUUGUUACCGUAACUCCCAAUGAGGCAGUCGAGGGGGCGACACUGCCAAACUUGGUGGAGCUUAGACUGGAGGAGCUGCCAAAUUUAGAGAAAGUUUGGUCAGGAUCAACAGCAUUGCCUAAGUUAAAAUACGCUACUAUUACCGGGUGUCCAAAGUUGAAGAAGUUCGCGAACUUUAACAUUGGGUUGAGUUUAGAGAGCUUAAGAGGGUCCAAAGACUGGUGGGAAGGGCUAGAAUUAGAAGAGGAUGAGAAACUCAAGCUACAGCAAUGUUUCAGUCCAUGGCCUAUGGAAGGAGAAGUAAAGAGAUCGCCAAGAUUUCAUAGGCGUUUGAUCCGAAGAUCUUGGCAGUGAACAGUUGAUCUUAAACCACUGGUGAGGACCUUGGUGUAAUCUUAAGUUCAAGCUUAAUGUAUGUAAAAUAUGUGAUGCUCAUAUGUCUAUGCAUUUGAGCUGCUUUUGAAUGAUGCUAUCAGUGAGAAAUAAAGAAGCCUAGUUUGCUCUUCCU